AUGACAAGUGAAGAAGUGACAUACGCAGACCUGAGGUUCAUGACACUGGAAAAACCCCAGGACCAGGAGCUCCAGACUGCCAGAGCGAAAGAUUCCCCUCGUCCAUCUUUCUGUUGGCGACUGGCUAUAGUGGCACUUGGGGUCUUCUGCCUAAGUUCAGUGGCAGCUGCAGGAGUCUUGGCUGCCAGGUUCAUCUUGGUCUGCCACCUUGUGCAUGAAAGGGAUGAAAACUUCACCGUGCAAAAGGCAAUUAUGGAAAGCCUCAACCAACAGCUUGAGCUCCUCCAGGCUCAGAAUUUGAACUUGACAGAGACUGUAAAGCAACUUGCCACCUCCAGAGGACAUAAAUGUAUUCCUUGUCCUGAGAACUGGCUGCAGUAUGGGGAGAACUGCUACCACUUUUCAAAGGAAUGGAAAACUUGGCAAGAAAGCAAAGCUCAGUGCUCUGUUUUGGAGUCCAGACUUCUUAAGAUAGAGAGUAAGGAAGAGCUGGACUUUGCAAUGCGAUCAGCACAGUCUUACAGUUCUUAUUCUUUCUGGAUUGGGCUGUCUCGCAAUGGAGCUGAGGGGCCCUGGCUGUGGGAGGAUGGAUCAGCUUUCUCCCCUGAUCUGUUUCAGAUCCAACAAGCCAGCUCAAGUCCUUUGCUGGAUUGUGUGUGGCUUCAAGGUGCAAACAUAGACAUUGCACGGUGUGGCGAGUACAAAUUUUACAUUUGUGAGAAAGUGGUGGAUCCUGCGGUGGUCGAGCAA